UCUUUUACCUACAGGUAUCUUAGCACCUUUAGGAAGGACAACAUCAAUGUGAUACUUCCCCAGGGUAAUAAUCACCAGACAACACUAAAUUGGCAACACGUCUGACUUAUGUUUCUACUAGAGCUCAUCUAGGAGACACAUUCUAUGGCAUAACAUAGCUAGGCGAUGAACUGGCGAUGACACACCUGUAUACAACCUAAAUGCAGCGAUAUUGAAUGAUCCAGCACCUCUCAAACAGAACUCUACUGUGCAGGUUGGGUCUUAAUUUGAUCUGAAUACACCCAGAUUUGUGGAUUUAUUGAUGAGCGUUUCAUCUUACAAAGAAUCCAGAUAUUUGAUUUUACCGUCUGAUGAAUCAGUGUUGAUUUCUUGCUCAGUGAAAUCGCUCUAGCCUCACUGCAAGUCAAUAGUACACUCACAUCUGAGAUGAGAGGAGGACAAGGAACAUAUUCCUCUUGAAUUGAGCUGAAAACCUUGAGAGAGUCUGACUGCAAGCUGUCUCCAGGGACCAAAACGUCACAGACAGACAGACAGAGAGAGAUCAUUGUAUGUCUACCAAGUACUUUGGAUGGGAAUACUUACUGUGCAGUAAAGCACUUCAGUCAGUACGUCCCAAAGAGAAUUCUCUAUUUUAGCUGAAAAACCUUGACAUGUACUCGAGGGGGCCUACUUCAUGUUUGUUUCUGUUUUAACAGCAACAAUAGGAUCACAUGUUUGAAAUCGAUACUUCUUUGUUACAUGCCACAUUUUAAAUGGAUUAGUUACGUAAAGAGCCAAACCUUAAUACGUUUGCAAAAUUCAUGAAAACAUCUCAGUGAUACAAUCAGAUAAUUUUACGUCGGAGACAAAGCUAAUUGCCACUGUCUUGCUUUACAAUGAAAACAGUCUGCGCAACAACGAAUUGUAUGUUGAGCCAUUAGCAUCUUUAAGAUUCAAGUGUCUCUCCGAUUGAUUGGAAAUAAACCCGUUCGUCUCGUCGCUCUCCCACGCCUUACCCAUUCCCCAAAGGAUCUUUUGGAUUUACCAGGAUCUAUAAUUUGGAUAUAUCACAAAUUUUACACCACAGCUGCGAGACAAUCAAUACCUGUUUUCUUUUGAGGUGCAGACAGUGAUAAGUUAUCACUUAUAUCAAGUUAGAGGAGAAAAAGCGUUAUCUUACUGUUCGUGACCAACAAUCGCAUUUGAAAACCUUCUGAUUGAUGUUUUCGUUGCUGGAAGGUGAUUAGGAAUAAACGUAGGUGAGCUUGGAUUUAGUUGUCUAUUUGAUUGAUUCAAAGAGAACUCUUUACGUCGUAGGGUUCUGAUCAUUGUAUACAUCAGACCCCUGGCAUCAGUUGUAAGGAAGCCUCCGACAACGAUCCCGAGCAGUGCAUUGUGGGAUCAAGUUUCUUGAUUGACAUCUUGCAGUUUAAAUCACAGAGACCCCAUUUUGAGACAAGCCUAGUAACAGCCAGACAACAAUGAUGAAUUACCUUCGCCGAAGAUUCUCUGAUCCCAACGCGAUGACCGGCCUGCCCGACGGCUACUUCCAGAACAUUGGCCAGGAGGAGGUUGUUGAGAAGCGGACAGCCAUCAGCACCUCCAACAGCCCCACCAUGCCAAGGAGAGACAACAGCAUGGGGUUCCUGAGCUCCUUGGCUCCACGUCAAGAGAAGGGCAACCAGAAGACAUUGUUGGUUAUCGAUGACCUCCACACAGACUGGGCCAAAUAUUUCAGGGGGAAACUAAUCCAUGGAGAAUAUGAGAUAAGAGUUGAACAGUGUGAGUUUUCUGAGUUGAACCUUGCCUCCUACAGCGAUGCUGGGGUGACCGUAGACAUGCGUGGCAUCAGACAAGGACAAAGAGUUGUCAGAACAUUCAAGCCUGAUUACGUGUUGGUACGCCAGCAUGCACGCAGUAUGGAGGUACAGGAGGAUUGGCGUAACCUUGUCAUAGGGUUCCAGUACGGUAAUGUACCGAGCUUGAACUCCUGGCAAGUAGUCUACAACUUCAUGGACAAACCAUGGGUGUUUUCACAGCUGACUACUCGCCAGGAGAAGUUGGGCAAGGAGAAGUUCCCCCUCGUUGACCAAGCUUUCUUUCCUAAUCAUCGGGAAAUGGUAAGUGAUGACACUGUCAUGGAGGAGAGAUAUAUAUAA